AUGAGGAAGGGGCCAGUUGCAUCCCACUUUCACAAUGGGAAAGUGAAACGCACAAGCGCACCCAACCUCUCCAGCCCUCCCCGCCCGCCUCGCUCCCCUCCGCCCGUCCCCUCCCUUCCCCUCCGCGCCUCCCCGCGAGCGCCCGCGCCGCACAGAGGAACUCUCCGGCGAAGGCGGACGAGGAGGAAGCGUCUCCGGAGCGCGCAGGGCUUGCCGCCGCGGCACAGGCUGCCGGAGCGAGCCCGCCGCGCGCCGUCCUCCCUGCACUCCUUCCCGGCCGAGCCGCGGGGAUGGGGCGGCCGCGGGAGCCCGAGCGCGCGCAGGAGCCGCCGCCGCCGCCACCGCCGCCCGCGUCUCCGUCGCCGCGCGCCUGAGCCGCCCGAGCUGCCGCGCGCCCUGCCCGGGGGCGGCCCCCCUAGCCCCAUGGAGGUCUCCCGGAGGAAGGCGCCGCCGCGCCCCCCGUAUCCCGCCGCACCGCUGCCCCUGAUCGCCUAUCUGCUGGCGCUGGCGGCGCCCGCCCGGGGCGCGGACGAGCCGGUGUGGCGAUCUGAGCAAGCCAUCGGAGCCAUCGCGGCGAGCCGGGCGGACGGCGUGUUCGUGGCGAGCGGCAGCUGCCUGGACCAGCUGGACUACAGCCUGAAGAACAGGCUCUCGCGCCUAUACCGGGACCAAGCGGGCAACUGCACGGAGCCCGUCUCGUUGGCGCCCCCCGCGCGGCCCCGGCCCGGGAGCAGCUUCAGCAAGCUGCUGCUGCCCUACCGCGAGGGGGCGACCGGCCUCGAGGGGCUGCUGCUCACCGGCUGGACCUUCGACCGGGGCGCCUGCGAGGUGCGGCCCCUGGGCAACCUGAACCGCAGCUCCCUGCGCGACGGCACCGAGGUGGUGUCCUGUCACCCGCAGGGCUCGACGGCCGGGGUGGUGUACCGCGCGAGCGGCACCGACCUCUGGUACCUGGCGGUAGCCGCCACCUAUGUGCUGCCGGAGCCGGAGACCGCGAACCGCUGCAACCCCGCGGCGUCCGAUCGCGACACGGCCAUCGCGCUCAAGAACACGGAGGAGCGCAGUCUGGCCACGCAGGAGCUGGGCCGCCUGAAACUGCGCGGCAGUGCGGGCAGCCUGCACUUCGUGGACGCCUUUCUCUGGAACGGCAGUGUCUACUUCCCCUACUAUCCCUACAACUACACGAGUGGCGCUGCCACCGGCUGGCCCAGCAUGGCGCGCAUCGCGCAGAGCACGGAGGUGCUGUUCCAGGGCCAGGCGGCCCUCGACUGCGGCCACGGCCACCCCGACGGCCGCCGCCUGCUGCUUUCCUCCAGCCUGGUGGAGGCCGUGGACAUCUGGGCCGGCGUGUUCAGCGCGGCCACUGGAGAGGGCCAGGAGAGGCGCUCCCCCGCCACCACGGCUCUCUGCCUCUUCAGGAUGAGUGAGAUCCAGGCGCGCGCCAGGAGCUGCAGCUGGGACUUUCAGGCGACUGAACACAACUGCAAAGAAGGGGAUCGGCCUGAACGGGUCCAGCCGAUUGCAUCGUCUACAUUGAUCCACUCUGACCUGACGUCUGUUUAUGGCACCGUGGUAAUGAACAGGACUGUACUGUUCUUGGGGACCGGAGACGGCCAGUUACUUAAGGUUGUUCUUGGUGAGAAUUUGACUUCAAAUUGUCCAGAAGUCAUCUAUGAAAUUAAAGAAGAAACUCCCGUGUUCUACAAGCUCGUCCCUCAUCCCAUGAAGAACAUCUACAUCUACCUAACAGCUGGGAAGGAGGUGAGAAGAAUUCGUGUUGCAAACUGCAGUAAACGUAAAUCCUGUUCGGAGUGCUUAGCAGCGGCAGACCCCCACUGUGGCUGGUGCCUCCCGCUACAAAGGUGCACUUUUCAAGGGGAUUGCACACAUGCAGGGAGCUUUGAAAACUGGCUGGAUAUUUCAUCAGGACCUAAAAAAUGCCCUAAAAUUCAGAUAAUUCGAAACCUCCGAGAGAGGACCACAGUGACCAUUGUGGGAAGCGUCUCUGCAAGACACUCAGAGUGCGUGGUGAAGAAUGCAGACACGGGCAAGCUGCUCUGCCAGGGGAGAAGCCAGCUGAACCGGACCUGUGCCUGCAACAUCCCCAGCAGACCUAGCUACAAUGUCUUAGUUGUCAAUGCGACCUUCUCCUUUCCGUCUUGGAACUUAUCAGAAAGAUUCAACUUCACCAACUGUGCGUCAUUAAAAGAAUGCCCAGCGUGUAUUGGAACCGGCUGUGCUUGGUGUAAACGAGACAAGAAAUGCAUCCACCCCUUCACCCCCUGCGAACCAUCAGAUUACGAGAGGAAUCAGGAUCUCUGUCAAGUUCCUGUGGAGAAACCACCCAAGGACUCAGAAGGAAAAGUCAAGGAGAACAAGAGAAACAGAACCGAUGGGGCUUUGCAGGUCUUCUAUAUUAAGGCCAUUGAGCCACAAAAAAUAUCAACCUUAGGGAAAAGCAAUGUGAUUGUUACUGGAGCAAACUUCACCCAGGCGUCAAAUAUCACCAUGAUCCUGCGAGGGACCAGUACAUGUGAGAAGGAUGUGAUCCGGGUUAGCCACGUGCUGAAUGACACGCAUAUGAAAUUCUCACUUCCGUCGAGCCGCAAAGAAAUGAAAGACGUUUGCAUUCAGUUUGACGGUGGGACCUGCUCGUCCGCGGGGGCUCUGUCCUACAUUGCUCUGCCACACUGUUCCCUGAUAGUUCCUGCCACCACCUGGAUCAGCGGUGGGCAAAACAUAACCAUCAUGGGCAGGAAUUUUGACGUCAUUGACAACCUAAUCAUUUCACAUGAGCUGAAGGGAAACGUAAACGUGAACAUAAAUGUAAGCUUAAGAGGUUUUCUUUUUCCCACUUAUAAUUUUGUUAUACUAAAUCAUGGGAGCAUCCAUUCUGGGCCUCAACCUGACCACUUCCUGCCAAAGCCAGCAGAGCUGAGGGUGGCCAAAAACUUUGUCCCAUUUGCAACCAGUAUGUGUUCAGGCCUAGAAACAGGAGGGGACCUGCUGCUUGCUGCUCUUCGGCUUCUCAUUUCCUGCUAUUUUCUGUUGUACCUGAAAAGCUGCUUCCUCUUCCUGUGUUUUGAAAACAUUACUAGAAACCAAGAUCUCACAACCAUCCUUUGCAAGAUCAAGAGCAUUAAGAAUGCAAACACCAUUGCUACCUCCUCUAAGAAAGUCCGUGUCAAGCUGGGAAACCUGGAACUCUAUGUGGAACAGGAAUCUGUUCCUUCCACGUGGUAUUUUCUGAUCGCGCUUCCGAUCUUACUGGCCAUUGUCAUCGUUGUGGCUGUGGUGGUGACCAGGCACAAAUCGAAGGAGCUGAGUCGAAAGCAGAGCCAACAGCUGGAGCUGCUGGAGAGUGAACUCCGGAAAGAGAUCCGUGAUGGCUUUGCCGAGCUCCAGAUGGAUAAAUUGGAUGUGGUUGAUAGUUUUGGAACAGUACCCUUCCUUGACUACAAACAUUUUGCUCUGAGAACUUUCUUCCCUGAGUCAGGUGGCUUCACGCACAUCUUCACCGAGGAUAUGCACAACAGAGACGCCAAUGACAAGAACGAGAGCCUCACAGCCUUGGAUGCCCUCAUAUGUAAUAAAAGCUUCCUGGUUACCGUCAUCCAUACCCUGGAGAAGCAGAAGAACUUCUCAGUAAAGGACAGGUGUCUCUUUGCCUCCUUCCUAACCAUCGCUCUGCAAACCAAACUGGUCUACCUGACCAGCAUCCUGGAGGUGCUGACCAGGGACCUGAUGGAGCAAUGCAGUAAUAUGCAGCCCAAGCUCAUGCUGAGGCGUACGGAGUCUGUGGUGGAGAAACUCCUUACAAACUGGAUGUCUGUCUGCCUCUCUGGUUUCCUUCGGGAGACUGUUGGAGAGCCAUUCUAUUUGCUGGUGACGACUCUGAACCAGAAAAUAAACAAGGGUCCUGUGGAUGUGAUCACCUGCAAAGCUCUGUACACCCUUAACGAAGACUGGUUGCUCUGGCAGGUUCCCGAAUUCAAUACUGUGGCAUUAAAUGUUGUCUUUGAAAAAAUCCCAGAAAACGAGAGUGCAGAUGUCUGCCGGAAUAUUUCAGUCAACGUUCUUGACUGUGAUACCAUAGGCCAAGCCAAAGAAAAGGUUUUCCAAGCCUUCCUAAGCAAAAAUGGUUCUCCAUACGGACUCCAGCUCAAUGAGAUUGGUCUUGAGCUUCAGGUAGGAACACGGCAGAAAGAACUCCUGGACAUUGACAGUUCCUCUGUGAUUCUUGAAGAUGGAAUAACCAAGCUAAACACCAUUGGCCACUAUGAGAUAUCAAACGGAUCCACUAUAAAAGUCUUUAAGAAGAUAGCAAAUUUUACUUCAGAUGUGGAAUACUCAGAUGACCACUGCCACUUGAUUUUACCAGAUUCAGAAGCAUUCCAAGUAGUUCAAGGGAAGAGACACCGAGGGAAACACAAGUUCAAAGUAAAAGAAAUGUAUCUGACAAAGCUGCUGUCGACCAAGGUGGCAAUUCACUCUGUGCUUGAGAAACUCUUCAGAAGCAUUUGGAGUUUGCCUAAUAGCAGGGCCCCAUUUGCUAUAAAAUACUUUUUUGACUUUUUGGAUGCCCAAGCUGAAAACAAAAAAAUCACAGACCCUGAUGUCGUACAUAUCUGGAAAACAAACAGCCUCCCUCUUCGAUUCUGGGUAAACAUCCUGAAGAACCCUCAGUUUGUCUUUGACAUUAAGAAGACUCCACACAUAGACAGCUGUUUGUCAGUGAUUGCCCAAGCAUUCAUGGAUGCCUUUUCUCUCACAGAACAGCAACUGGGGAAGGAAGCACCAACCAAUAAACUUCUCUAUGCCAAGGAUAUACCAACCUACAAAGAGGAAGUGAAGUCUUACUACAAAGCAAUCAGGUGUCAACAGAUUCUAAAUAAACUAGAAAGAGAACGAGGGCUGGAAGAAGCUCAGAAACAACUCUUGCAUGUAAAAGUCUUAUUUGAUGAAAAGAAGAAAUGCAAGUGGAUGUAAGCACCCUGGGGCCUGGCUUUAUUUGACAAAGUUCUUCAGACAGCUUGGGAGCAAACUGGCUGCUUGAGCUACUCUUUGUCGUUAAUUUCUUAAGUUUGCACAUGGGUUCCACUUUGAGCACUGUCUUUUAAGAGACCAAGGCACAUGCACAGCUUUUAGAAAGCAUUAUCAACCACUGUGCCUGUGGGUAUAUCGUGGGAACCGUUCUGUAAAUAGAGCUGAAGUGGUUGUUGCGAACAGCCUCCUUGUUUACAGAGAAUACAGGGCCAGUAAGCAAGUGUCAGUAUUGUAACUACAGUCUCCACUUAAGCACAAUGAUAUCUAAGU